CGCAUUUAUGUGAACUCUGUAAAGACAAUAAUAUUAUAAGAUUCAUUUUCUGCUUAACAAUGGAGGCAGAACUCGAAGUGAGUAGGGCAGAGUACUAUUAUUAUCAGUAGUACUUCUUUAUAUCUCGGCAUUCCUCUUCUUGCAAGCAUUGGUUCAGAUUCCAAAAGGUUAAAUCUUUAUACUUUUUCUUUUCUUUUAUAUUCUAUUCUUUCUUUGAUCAACACUGCAUGAAUGAAUCAUAUAAUAAUAAUCAGUUUUGAUUCAGACAUGUUAUUCUUUGAUUGUACUCACAGUUUUGGUAACUUUUUUAAAAAUGAUAAUAUUUACUGUUGUGUAGAAAACAGAGAGAAGAAGAGCACUGUGAAGUAUUAUCAAUGGAGAAAGAGAUUUACAGAAGACAUCAUUCAAGAGAAGGGAUAUAAUGUGUUUGGAUGUUUAUGAACAGCAUGUUUGAUUUUAGACAUGGUGGAUCUAUCCAUAAGCUUUUAAUGGAUAAGAAAUGUGGAAGCAAAAGAAUCGUGUUGAGACUAUGGUGGAGAAGCAGCUUACCUGUGACUGCUACUUUGAGGAGAGUGAAGCUGAAAUGCAGUGUGUCAAAAACCUCACUGAAGAGGAGGAGACUCAGCAAAAGUGUGAUACUGAAUGCAGAGGAAAGACAAAGGAGAAGAAGAGAAGCAGAACAUGCAGCAAAACCAACAGUGAGGAUGUUAAUGAUCAUGCAGACAAGAAACCAGAGGAUCAUCAGAGGGAUGCUGACUCAGUAGAUGAUGAUUCAGAAGAGAAGUUCAGUGAGUUGAUAAAGCGGUUGAUAGCUCAGACUCUGAAGGACAGUGGCGAGGUUGAGAACUGCAAGAGCCUUGUGGAUGCAUCUCAGUUCUUGGAUUCUAAACAAGGAUCAUCCCGGGACAUUGGUACUUCACCAGUUUCAGGAGAUUCUCAGAGAAUCAAAGAAACACAAACAAUUGUAAACUUGAAGCCUGGAUCAAAUGGACUGGUUCCUGGUUCAUCACCUGGAACACAAACUACAUGCAACAAUGCGAAAAGUGGGAAAUCCGGUUCUCGCUUCAUUCUCAGUAGAAUCAGAAGAAGACUAAAAUCUUCUGCUAAGAAGAAUCCAUGUAAUGCUGAUGCAUUGUCAUCUUAACAAACCUAAGAUAAAAUCAUAAAUGGACAUCACAGGUACUAAUUGGUGCAUGCAUAACGACGAGAGAAAAACUACAAAACCAUAUUGUAAAUAAAUAUUUAUGUGUAUGUAUCCAUAUACACGUAUCGAAACUGGCAAAGGGAUCAGAGUGGGUGUGGUCCAAACAAGGAUCAACA